GGUAAAAAGUAUUAAAAUUUUGAAACCUGGCGUUUGAAAACCUCAUUAAUUAACCUGGCGGUGCAAUAUGCAUUGGUUCUGCUUGUCUGUAUGGACUACACAGUUAAUGCUGUUCUCUGGUAAGAAGCACCAUGGGACAACUCUUUGUCUUUUCAAUAAAACAUAAACCCACUAUUGUUGAAGCAGCGACGAGCCUUGAACCCAUUUCUUCUAGGUUAGAAGAAGCAGGCACGUUCUGUGCCACAGCACCAGACAUGAUAUCUAAUAUUUGUAGUGAUAUAUGAUCUCUAUGUAACACGUGCAUAUAAAUACGCCUGUCGACCUUGAUCGCUCUCUACCCUUCUCACGAGACGUGCUACGCAUUACAAGGCAAGCUAACACGACUCGACACUCCUAUAGAGACUCACUACAUGGUGUCAGAAUGGCAUUUCAGAUCUCGCCACCAGAAGCCUUUAAUUUUCAAAGACCACAAGAAUGGGAAUCUUGGAAGGUUUAAAAGGUAUAAGGAAGCUUCAGGGUUGGUACCAGAAGCCUUUAAUUUUCAAAGACCACAAGAAUGGGAAUCUUGGAAGGUUUAAAAGGUAUAAGGAAGCUUCAGGGUUGGUAGAAGCCAGCGUAUCCAAGCAGGUUAACACUCAUGUGUCUACUUGGAUCUAAAGGUGAUAACAUUUUAAGGUCAUUUUAUUUAACCGAGCAACAAGCGGGAAGUUACGCAGAAAUUAAGCGACGAUUUUAUAAUUAUUUUAAUGUCCGGCGUAACGUAAUUUAUGAAAGGUCAUUGUUUAACCGCCGUUAUCAAUAUACGGGAGAAUCGGUGCAUGACUUCAUUACGUCUUUGUACACGUUAGCUUCUAGCUGUAACUAUGGUCAAUUACGGGAAGAAAUGAUUCGCGAUCGGUUAGUUGUAGGAAUUGGUGACCGAUCACUAUCAGAAAGACUACAAUUAAUGGCGUACCUCACGUUGGAAAGAGCCAUAAGCGUGAUUAGAAAUACGGACGUCUUUAAGAAGCAACAACCGAUGCUCAAAGAACAGAAUAGAUCCUCGCUCGACUUGGUGCGUACAAAGAGAGGCGGGGGUUUUAAAGUGGAAAACCGCCGUGCACCGCAACCGUUUUUUAAUCAGCCUUCUAAUCAACGUCCCAGAGUGGCUGCUCGUUGCGAAUGGUGCGGGAGAAACGCGCAUCCGAGGAAAUUCUGCCCGCGAGCAAUGCGACAUGUUUCGCGUGUGGCACUAGAGGACAUUUUAAAUCCAGGUGUAAAACACACCCGAGUGCACAAUGUGGUUACAGAAACUGCUUUUCUGGGCUCAAUUUCUACGUCAGGUACGGAUGAAAUCGUGCACGUAAACGAAAUAGCAGUGGAAUUUAAAAUCGAUACGGGAGCGGAUGUUACGGUUAUCGGAAAAGACAUUUACGAACUAUUUAAGACGCCACUAGAACGUUCCGCUUUGGCAAUUUCUGGACCAAAAGACGGAAUCGUUAGCACACGAUGGAAUGUUUGUCGCUAAAUUAAGAAUCGGUGAGAGAGUUUUUAAAGAAGAAAUACAUGUGAUCCCUGGACUAUCGCAAGCAUUACUGGGGUGGAAGGCAAU